AUGACCAGACAUCUUGCCGCCGAACUCAUAGAACACAUCCUCAGCUUUAUCCACGACACUCAGACGCUUCAGGCAUGCAGUGUGGCCGCGCGGAUGUUUCGUGGCCCGGCUCAGCGCCGACUCUGGAAGCAUCUUCGCGUGGACAAUGGCACCACCUCGUACGAUCGCUCCGCCAAUGUGGUUGUCGCACAUCUCGAUGAGUCCCCGCACCUGGCCGGCUAUGUCUGCUCCCUGGACUUGUUCUUGAUCCGAGCAUUGGAAGACGAUUUCGACGAGUUUGUCGAGAAGAUACUAAAGCAGCUUCCGCAUGUCAAAUCCGCAAGUAUAUCGACCACCCACCGCAACCGGCACUCGUCUCCCUGGACUGGAAGCUUAUUACAAACCGCGAUCGUUGCGUUCAUCCAAGAUGGAGUUGCGCGCGGGACAUUGCGGCAGCUCGAGCUACGAGGCUUCCAGCGAGUCCCGCGCUCAUUCAUAACGCCCUUCUUGAGGGCCAUUCCCACCCUAUCGCUUCCAUGGCUCACCCUCGAAAAAGAACAAGAGACCUUGCCCGUUGUGGUACCGUCCCAAGACACGCAUCGACUCAAAAUGGGCAUUUUUGACAUCAGCAACCCAGCAAUGUACAAAUUCAUUCUUCCACACACCAAAAUCUUGCGUGUUCUGGUCCUUGAUACAUCUGGCUUUGACACAGAAGACUGGAGCCCCGAUUUUGAACCCAUACGAUCUCGGGUUUAUGAUUUCUGUGUGGCCGUCGGUGCGACCUUGGAGUAUCUGUCCAUUGAAAUACCUGUUGACGAACAGCGAUUCGCAAUCGCCGACCUUAGAGUUGCGCCUCUCCCCCAGCUGCGAUUUCUCCAGAUCGACUUCGAGAACCCAAGCGACGGGCCAGCCUUGGAUCCUCCGAGUGAUGUGCUAGACAUCAUGUCAGUCCUGCUAGCCAAUGCGCCUUUGCUCUCCCGAGUAUGUCUUCGUGCAGACAUGUCCAUCGAAUACGGCUCGCUAAACCACUGGCUGGGCCAACCGGAAUAUUUCGAUGACUUCGCGAACAUGACAGACACCCUCCUGGAGACUUUCCUUUCCGCUCCCUCGCGCACCAGCUGCUGUGUUCCGCGUUUCUACACGUCCCGCAUCCGCAAGAUGCCUACCAAUAGGACCGUGAAGUACACAUUACCUGUCGAAGAUCCCGUACACAGUGGAAUGCUGGCGACGUAUGCAGCGGCGAUGCGGGUCGCACUUCCAAAGGCAACGGCGUUAGGCUUCCAGGUCAUCGACUAUCAUCUUGGCGAGGAAUGGAAGGAAAAGGAGGUAGAGUUCUUCCACUGA